AUUCAUGUGCAAUCUAUGGUGGGUCGGUCUUCUCCAAUGAUCGACGGUUUACAUGAGUUGAUCCACUUCGGCCCCACGUACAGCUAAUAAGCUUCCCUCUAAAACGACAUGGCUUUGGAGAUCUGUGGAACUGUUUGGCAAAUAGGAAAGGAUGUACUUGUACUUGUGAAGAAUCACGUUGGUUAUCUCGUUCACUACAAGAGGAACAUCGACAACUUUAAAGAUGAGGUUGAGAGUCUGAGGAACAUUAAAAAUGAUGUACAAGCGCAGGUGAAUGCAGCUCGUCGGAGAAGAGAUAGGAUCAAUGACGAUGUGGAAGCAUGGCUAACAUGCAUACAAAAAGUCGAAGCUGAUGUGACAAGAUUGGAAGAUGGAUCCCGAGGGAGUGAGGGAUGCUUCAGCGGGUGGCGUCCUAAUUGUUUCUCCCAAUACAACUUGGGUAAAGAAUCGAAACAAAAUUUGAACCACGUCAAAGAUCUCCAAAGUAGAGGGAGGAAUUAUAGCAGUGGCGUGUCGCACGACCCUCCUCCUCCAAGUGUAGAAUCUAUGCUUGCCGAUGGAGAUUACAUGGUUUUUGAAUCUAGAAAAGUGGCUGUUGAAGAGAUCAUGAAGGCACUGAAAGAUGAGGCAAUCGGGACCAUUGGGGUCUACGGUAUGGGUGGAGUAGGCAAGACCACCCUGAUGAAAGAGAUGGGCAAACAAGUGAAAAACAUGAGGCUAUACGAUGACGUUGUAAUGGUGGAAGUUGCUCCGAAUCCAGACUUGACAAAGAUCCAAGGCGAGAUUGCAGGCCAGCUAGGCCUGAAACUCAAAGAAAAAGAGAGCGAAAUGGUGAGAAAAGGUGCCCUGCUGGAGAGGUUACAGGACACUAAGACACUGGUAAUACUGGACAAUGUAUGGAAAAAGUUGGAAUUGGUUGAGAUUGGGAUCCCAUGUGGACAUAUUCGCAAGGGUUGCAAAAUCAUGCUGACAACGCGAAACGCAGAUGUAUGCAAUAUGCAUGGGAGCCAGGCCGUGAUUGAGGUGGGGUUCCUAACCCAAGCAGAGUCAUGGAAUCUCUUCACAAUGGCGAUAGAUGGUGCUGUUGAUUCUUCUAUUUUGCACGAUUAUGGAAAAGACAUCGUGAAUGAAUGUGGGUGCGUCCCUCUGCUAAUUGUCGCAAUUGGAACUGCACUACGGCACAAGGGCAGGCAGGUGUGGGCCGAUGCAUUAACGAGACUGAGGAAAGGGACUCUUAUAGAAACUGAACAUAGAGAGGUUUUCUCAUGUCUGGAAUUGAGUUACGAUUACUUGGAGACUGAUGAGAUCAAGUCAUGCUUCUUGUUCUGUUGUCUAUUCCCCGAAGGCUCCGACAUUGAGAUAGAGAUGUUGAUGAGAUACGGAUUCGGCGAGCAGUUCUUUGAUGAUGUGGAGACUCUAAAUGAAGCAAGGGAGAGAAUGCACAGCACGAUUGAUAAACUUAAGGCUCGUUGUUUGUUGUUGGACGGCGAUACAGAAGGGCGCGUAAAAAUGCAUGAUAUUGUCAGAGAUGUGGCUAGGUCAAUCGCAUCAAGAGUUGGGAAUGGUUUCUUCGCAAAAGCCGACGUGAAUAUGAGAAAUUGGCCGAGGAAGGAGAAGCUAAACGAGUGUAAGAGGAUUUCAUUGAUUGAAGCUAAGACUAGCAUUCUGCCCGUGGAGCCAGAUUGCCCAAAUCUCUUAACCCUAUUGCUUCAAAAAAACAUGCGGCUGGAGAUAAUCCCGGAUAGUUUCUUCCAAGGGAUGAAAAGCCUUACAGUUAUAGAUCUCAGUGAUACACGCAUUUCAUCCCUCCCACGACUGACGACACUGCGGGCGCUUUUCCUCUCUGGAUGUUCGUAUUUAAGAGACGUAUCUCCACUAGGAGAAAUGGAGAAGCUGGAAAUACUUUGCCUAAACAGAACGGACAUCAUGGAAUUGCCUGAAGAAGUGGGCAGAUUGUCUAAUCUAAAGCUCUUGGAUCUAUCGAAUAAUGUAUGUCUGGAAAGAGUAGGGCCAAACCUGAUAUCGAGAUUGCAAUACUUGGAAGAACUGCACAUGGGAAACAGCUUCAGCGCGUGGGAGGUUGAAGGAAUGGAAGAUGGAAAUAAUGCUAGCUUAGCAGAGUUGGCGUCCUUGGAAUGCUUGACAGCGCUGUACAUCCAUGUUAAAAAUGUAGAAUGCUUGUCGCAGAAAUUCUCCCUUUCUUGGACAAACAUAUCAAGAUUCCGCAUAAGCAUUGCCGAGUAUGAAUCCAAGGGCACUUCUACUUCCAUGAGAAGCACGCGGCUCGAUAUAACGAAGCCCGUUUCGAAUUGGGUCAAGGUUCUGAUGGAAAGAUCCGAGCAGCUAAAGCUGGUAUGUUCCGUACUCUGUGACGUGGAGAGAUGGGAGGAAAUGUUCCAUGAUGGGUUGCCGCCUGCGCUGGAGGAUUUAAGAUUACUAAAAGUCUACAACUGGGCUGGAUCGUUCUUCCCACCCUGUCUGCUACAGAGUGUGAAAAUGGAGCAGCUCAAGAUUAAAGGUUGCCAAAAAAUGGAGAAGAUAAUCCCGGAUGAGAAUGAAGAUCCCGCCUCUCCAGUAAAAGCUCUACUGCCUCCCGCAUUUGAAAAUCUACAGUUUCUUACAGUGCGGAAAUGCAGUGGCUUGAAGAAUCUCUUAUCAUGGACGGUAGCUCGAGCACUCCAGCAACUGAAAGAGCUCUCACUUGGUAAAUGCGAUGAAAUGGAGUCGAUCAUCACGGAUAGGGGAGCGGUGGAUACUUCAGUACUCCCUCUCUUACAGGUCAUAACUCUAUCGUGCAUGCCAAAGCUGAGGAGCUUUUGUGAGGGUGAAGCUUUGCUCGAGUUGCCAUCGUUGCUUCGGAUCGAGGUGUUAGAGUGUUUCAGUCUAAAGAGGCUUGCUUUGGCGGCGAACAGCGCAUCGUCGCUUCGGGAUAUGAUAGGAGAAUCUAAAUGGUUCGCGGCUUUGGAGUGGGCAGAUGAAAUUGUCAAAUCACGCUUCCACGACCUGUAUAACAGGCCCCAGUUUGGCAUGUGGGCCAGGCAAUUCACAUCAUUUUCACUGCCCGCCUAUCAUGGAAGCGGAUUGGCUGGUGUACCACACACUAGGUAUAUAGUUGGUGUAUUGACGUCAGCACUUUUCUUCAUCUUCAGCAAUUGGUUUUCUUGGAUCUUUGAAACUUAA